GACACACAUGCAGGGGGGAACCUAGGCUUCUCUGAAGUAUUAUGGACAGUUGAGUCCACUCGUUGCCCAUUAUGGGGGGGAAGCCGUUUAAAUGCCUCAGUCCUCUGUCCUCUCCCAGAGCUCCGGCCCGCAGCCUCUCAGACAGUCAGCAGGACGACGGCCCGCAGCAGGAGAGCAGCGAUGAUUCCUCUCAUGUUGUAACGGAGACGGCGUUGGAGGAUUCCCUUUGUGAAACUCUGGAGAAGGAGGUGCAGGAGACACGGAAAAUGGUCUCUGCUCUACAGGCCCUGCUGCUGCAUGGCUCGCUGCCUGAGGACGAGCAGGAUGUGUCCUUCAGUUUGGACCAAGGCAAUGCUGAGCAGCAACUGGUAGCCCUGCUGCUGCAUGGCUCGCUGCCUGAGGACGAGCAGGAUGUGUCCUUCAGUUUGGACCAAGGCAAUGCUGAGCAGCAACUG